AUGGAGGACCUAGGGAUCACGAGUGAAACCAAAGCGUUUCUGAAUUAUAUCAGGAGGAACGAUGCCGAGCUCAAAAGGAUACAUGCGAUCGUGCAUAUGGCAACGAGCUCUGCCCCUUUUACAAACAGAAUCGCCAGCGUCAGACUACAUCACGUUGGGAAGUUAAAAUUUCCCAAAAAUGCAGGAAACACAGACCCAAAGGCCCACGUCCGAGCUUUCCGUUUAGCAAUAUCGAGAGCACACCUCACCGACGAUGAAAAAGAAGCCGGUUACUGCCGCUUCUUCGUCGAGAACCUCACUGGGGCCGCCCUCGAAUGGUUCACUGGACUAGAAGAAAACUCGAUUGACAAUUUCACUCAGUUGGUAUCUACGUUCCUCAAACAGUAUUCAGUCUUCAUAGAGACAAGAGUUAUCGAGGCAGAUCUUUGGAAUCUCAAGCAAGCACCUUUCGAGCCGUUGAGAGCGUACAUAAACAAGUUCCGAGAAAUCAAGGCCAAGAUUUCGCAUCCGAACAAGGUCGUUGCCCUAGCAGCAUUAAAGAAUGGCGUCUGGUUCUCAUCCAAAUUCAGGGAAGAAUUGGCAGUACGAGCACCUAUCUCGUUGGAUGACGCCCUACACCGAGCCUCUUAUUUCGCCACCCACGAAGAGGAGGUCGCAGCCUUGAAUGAACAAUAUAGCGCGAACAAGAAUAACGCAACCAAAAAGCCUGCUACUCCAAAAGAGCCAACCACCAAAGGGCAACAUUCCUAUGCAAUAAAUAACUCGCCGCAAAAGUCUUCCACAUACAACCUCAGCAAAUACUGCGCCUUCCAUGAUCGCAAGGGCCACUCGACCGAAGAAUGUCGAGCCGCACUUCGCAGACAAAACAAAAAUAAGAAAACCACUGGAGAAGCCGGAGAGGAAGAAGAAGAGCAGUGA